AUGAGAGUUCUACUAAUUGUGGCUGCUGUUUUAUUGUUGGUUGACGGGGAGAAGCAGUACAUGCUUAAAACUAACAAAACCCCAAAAAGUCCAUUAUCCUCGAAUAGCGCCGUUUGUGACGAAUGUAAAAUGCUUGUUGCCCGUUUUGAUAAAGCUCUAGAAGAUCCGGAAAAGGUCACUGAACUGAAAGCCAUCUUGCGUAUGCUUUGUCACGAAACGUCGUAUGUUGAAGAAUGUAAAGUUUUUGUUGGUAGACUGGACUAUUUUAUUGAACACAUUAAACCAUAUUUGAAAAACCCGGAAGAAGCAUGCAAACAUCUGCGGAUGUGCUCCAACAAGAAAAUUGAGACAUUUCACAGAGUCAGCCUUGCGUACAUGGACCGUUUUAGAGACUACAACUCGAUGAAGAGUAGCUUGCUCUGCGAAGAAUGCGAAUUUGCCGCAACCGAGUUGAAAACCGUUGUUGAAGAUGAAAGAAGCCAAAAGAAAGUUAAAACGUUUCUUUCGCACGAAGUAUGUAGUCGUCUUCGUCGGUACCAAGGUUCGUGUGAUUUAAUGCUUGACGAAUUUCUACCAACGCUUUUCGAAGAAAUGGGCAAGAUGUUGACCAGCACUAAACAGGCAAGAAUCUUAAUGCAGCAUUAUGGCGAUUUAAGUGUUGCAGGAUAA